CUGUUGCGGCUGCUUUUCUGACGGGACUCACACUACACACACUACAAACAAGCUGAACUCUCUCUCUCUUUCUCACACACACGCUGAGGACCGAGAAGAGAGGACUGCACACACACACACACACACACAGGCACGUACAUACCUCUCAGGAGCUGCGCGCGCGAUUGCAAACCGAGCGACAUCACCAUGCAAGACACAGAGGUGAAUGUGUGUGAGCUUCAGCCCAACAUCAUCUCCGUGCGCCUGUUCAAGCGCAGAGUGGGUGGUCUGGGGUUCCUGGUGAAGCAGCGUGUGUGCAAACCCCCCGUCAUCAUCUCGGAUCUUAUCCGUGGCGGAGAGGCAGAGGAGUGCGGCCUGGUCCAGGUGGGUGACAUUGUACUCGCUGUCAACAACAAGCCGCUGGUGGACAUGAGCUAUGAGCGUGCACUGGAGACGCUUAAGAACGUCUCACCCGAGAGCCAUGCCGUCCUCAUCCUGCGUGGACCCGAGGGCUUCAGUACGCACCUGGAGACAACGCUGAGUGGAGAUGGACGGCCACGAACGGUGCGCAUCACCAAGCCUGUGUCAACCAGGGCAUGUCAGCGCUGCACACCCAAGGAGCUGAGGGCCAUCGAGAACCUGGCAUCAUCAUCCUCCACCUCGUCCUCGUCCACCUCUUCGUCUACAGCACGUAAGGAGACCAAAAGUUUGAUCCCCCUAAGCGGGCCGGAUGGCUUGCUGAACGGUGUGGAGGAAAGCAACGAGUUGCUGAAGGAGAUCGAGCCUGUGCUUAAGCUGAUCAAGAACAACACCAAGAGGGAGGUGAAUGGAGAGGGACAAAGGGGCGUGGAGAAGAGGGACGCUGAAGUACAGGUGGAAAGAGACCUCGGCGUGGGAAUUAACAGCAAUGUCCAGCUGGCCUCUGAUAAUGACCGAGUGUUUGAUGACCUCUGGAGGAAGGACAACAUGCCAACGGUGCUCAAUAACCCGUACUCUGAAAGUGAUAAGACACUAUGCCAAGGCAGCACGUCUCCCACUAAGACCCCACAAAAUGGGAGUCCAACAAAAUGCCCCAGGUUCAUGAAGAUAAAGAAUUGGGAGAGCGGGGUUUUGUACAGCGACACACUCCAUCACAGCUGCAGCAAGGUGCCCAUUUGCAACGAACAAGUGUGUACAGGCUCAGUGAUGACGCCAAGCAUGAGAAGUAAACCAGACGAAGUUCGGACCAAAAACGAGCUGCUACCACUGGCUACAGACUUCAUCAACCAGUACUACACGUCAAUAAAAAGGUGUGGAUCCAAAGCACAUGAGGACAGAUUGGAGGAGGUGAAGAAGGAGAUCGAAACUUCUGGAACAUACCAGUUGAAAGACACAGAGCUAAUCUACGGUGCCAAGCAUGCUUGGAGGAAUGCCGCUCGCUGCGUAGGGAGGAUCCAAUGGUCCAAACUACAGGUGUUCGAUGCUCGAGACUGCACAACAGCACACGGAAUGUUUAAUUACAUCUGCAAUCACAUCAAAUAUGCCACUAACAAAGGCAACCUCAGGUCAGCCAUCACCAUUUUCCCGCCGAGGACAGACGGGAAACAUGAUUUCCGGGUGUGGAAUAGCCAACUGAUACGCUACGCUGGCUACAAGCAGCCCGAUGGCUCAGUUCUGGGAGAUCCUGCUUCCCUGGAGCUCACUGAGAUCUGUAUACAGCAAGGAUGGAAAGCACCCAAAGGCCGGUUCGAUGUCUUGCCCCUUUUGCUUCAAGCAAACGGCAACGAUCCGGAACUGUUUGAGAUCCCGGACGAUCUCGUGCUGGAAGUCAACAUCACACACCCGAAGUUCGAGUGGUUCAAGGAUCUGAAUCUGAAGUGGUACGGCUUACCCGCUGUGUCAAACAUGCUGUUGGAGAUCGGAGGCUUGGAGUUCCCCGCUUGCCCUUUCAGCGGGUGGUACAUGGGUACUGAAAUUGGCGUCCGGGACUUCUGUGACAGUUCACGCUACAACAUUUUAGAGGAAGUAGCCACCAUGAUGGGGUUGGACACCAGGAAGACGUCUUCUCUGUGGAAAGACCAGGCACUGGUGGAAAUCAAUAUUGCUGUUCUCUACAGUUUUCAGAUGUCCAAGGUGACCAUCGUGGACCAUCACUCAGCCACAGAGUCCUUCAUGAAGCACAUGGAGAAUGAGUACCGGGUGAGAGGUGGAUGCCCGGGUGACUGGGUGUGGAUCGUUCCUCCAAUGUCAGGCAGCAUAACGCCCGUCUUCCACCAGGAGAUGCUCAACUACCGACUCACGCCUUCCUUCGAAUACCAGACCGACCCCUGGAACACUCAUGUGUGGAAAGGAGUGAACGGCACUCCCACCAAGAAAAGAGCCAUCGGCUUUAAGAAACUCGCCAAGGCUGUGAAGUUCUCGGCUAAGCUGAUGGGUCAGGCUAUGGCCAAGCGAGUCAAGGCCACCAUAUUGUUCGCCACAGAGACGGGGAAAUCACAGGACUAUGCAAAGACCCUGUGUGAGAUUUUCAAGCACGCUUUUGAUGCGAAGGUCAUGUCCAUGGAAGAGUACGAUGUUGUGCACUUGGAGCAUGAGACGUUGGUGCUGGCGGUCACCAGUACGUUUGGAAACGGAGACCCACCUGAGAACGGAGAGAAAUUUGGUGCGGCAUUGAUGGAGAUGAGACACCCAACCACCAGCACAGAGAGAAAGAGCUACAAGGUGCGCUUCAACAGCGUGUCUUCGUACUCGGACACCCGGAAAUCCUCCAGCGAUGAACCUGAGCCUAAAGCCCACUUUGAGAGCACGGGACCGCUCGCUAACGUCAGGUUCUCCGUGUUUGGCCUUGGCUCACGGGCCUACCCACACUUCUGCGCCUUUGCCCACGCCGUGGACACGCUGUUCGAGGAGCUGGGAGGAGAACGCAUACUCCGCAUGGGCGAGGGAGACGAACUGUGUGGCCAAGAGGAGGCCUUUAGGACCUGGGCCAAGAAAGUCUUCAAGGCUGCGUGCGAUGUGUUUUGUGUCGGCGACGACGUGAACAUCGAGAAGGCGAACGAUUCGCUCAUUAGUAACGACCGCAGCUGGAAAAAGAGCAAGUUCCGUAUGACGUACACAGCUGAAGCGCCAACGCUAACACAAGCUCUUUACAGCAUUCACAAGAAGAAGGUGUACGGUGCCAAGUUCUUGAUGAGACAGAAUCUUCAGAGUGUUAAGUCAAAUCGAUCUACCAUAUAUGUCCAGCUCCACGCUAACAACCACGAGAGUCUCAAAUACCUGCCUGGAGACCAUUUGGGCAUCUUCCCUGGCAACAACGAAGACCUGGUGACGGCUCUGAUCGACAAACUAGAGGAUGCGCCUCCUGUCAAUCAAAUCGUAAGGGUGGAGUUUCUGGAAGAGAGGAACACAGCACUAGGAGUGAUCAGUAACUGGACAGACGAGAGUCGGAUUCCUCCGUGCACCAUUUAUCAAGCGUUUAAAUACUUUCUGGACAUCACGACCCCUCCCAGUCCUUUGCUCCUGCAGCAGUUUGCUCCUUUAGCCACCAAUGAGAAACAGAGGAAGAGAUUAGAGGUGCUUAGCAAGGGACUACAGGAGUAUGAAGAGUGGAAGUGGUACAAUAACCCCACCAUGGUGGAGGUAUUAGAGGAGUUCCCAUCGCUGCAGGUGCCCUGUACACUUCUCCUUACCCAGUUGCCCCUGCUGCAGCCACGCUACUACUCCAUCAGCUCCUCACCGGACCUUCACCCGGGCGAGAUCCACCUCACCGUAGCUGUGGUCUCGUACCGCACUCGGGACGGAGCCGGUCCCAUACACCACGGAGUGUGUUCAUCCUGGCUCAACAGCUUAGAGACGGACGAAAUGGUCCCAUGCUUCGUCAGAGGAGCCCCAACCUUCCGCAUGCCAAAGGACAGCAAAGUACCAUGCAUUCUUAUUGGUCCAGGAACAGGCAUUGCCCCCUUCAGAAGCUUCUGGCAACAGAGACUUUACGAUCUUGAAAAUAAAGGCAUCAAGGCUUGUCCAAUGAUUCUGGUGUUCGGGUGUCGACAGUCACAGAUGGACCACAUCUACAAGGAAGAGACCAUCCAGGCCAAGAACAAAGAAGUCUUUAAAGAACUCUACACUGCAUACUCACGAGAACCCGGAAGACCAAAGAAAUACGUUCAGGAUGUCCUUCGCGAGCAGUUGUCUGAGACGGUGUAUCAACGUUUGAGAGAGGAAGGGGGACACAUUUAUGUGUGUGGUGAUGUCACCAUGGCUGGAGAUGUGCUGAAGACCAUCCAGCAGAUCAUCAAACUACACGGCAACAUGAGUCUGGAGGAUGCUGGGUUCUACAUAAGCAAACUGAGGGAUGAAAAUCGUUACCAUGAAGAUAUAUUUGGAGUUACUCUGCGUACUUAUGAGGUGACGAACCGGCUGAGGUCAGAGUCUAUCGCGUACAUCGAAGAGAGCAAGAAAGACUCAGAUGAGGUGUUUUGUUCAUAAAACCUCGUUUUGUUACCGGAUUUCUGGAUUUCAGGAGCGACAAUGAAACCUUCCUCCAGGCCAGGAAAAAAAAAGCAACUGCUACAACUUAAGAAAACUGUGCCAAGUUUCUUUUAUUCUCCAGUUAUGAUGCUUUCACUCUGGUAGUUUUUACUGCAUUUGUGUGGUUGAAAUCAACAUUUAUAAUAUGAAUUUCUUGUUUGUUUGUUUUUUUUCUUUCUUUGCUAGAAAUCUUUCCGGAAUGCACUUUUUAUCUCAUGUAUGCACAUGUAUUUUUUUUUUCUUUCUUGCUUUCUUUCUUUAUGUAUAUGCUGUGCACAUCAGGCACCUGAAUACUAACUGCCUAUUGUGGAUGCAUGACCAAGACCCAUGAUGUCAAGUCCUGCUAUAUCACGAAUCAAAAUAGCUGUUACGUGUUGGUAUUAAACAGUUUAGCUUUGAGUUUAGUCUAAAAAACGUGUACAUCACCCUGCACAUCAUACCGUGUCUGGAUCAGAAACUACAAACGCCGCCACCGAUGGAGAGGUUGUUUUUUUAUUUCUCUCUCUCUCUCUCUCUCUCUCUCUCUCUUUUUCAGUGGGUUAGGAUUUCAAUGCAUGCUGUGUUUUCUGAUGAAAUAGUGUCAGCUUCAGCACCGGUACUAAAUCAUCACAAGUGAGUGCAUUUAAACAAACUGGACUGCAACAGAACUGUUUUAUAAAGGACAAAAUCAUAUAGACACCAUAUUGUGGUUUGAUUAAAGGCAUUGGAUUAAAAAAAAAAACCGCUUUUGCGAUACAUUUGCACAUGCUGUCUGUGUGUUUUCUCAUCAUUUUGAGAAAAGAGCUAAAAGAAAAUGAAGUAAUAGUUUAUUUAGGCUUCAUGUCUGUUCUUACGACUAUAGACGUAAUUACGUAUGCGUUUAUAAAGCGUUCCAACAGCCAGAAUGUGACAUCGAGACUGCUUUUGUCAAGUGACGGAUUUUUACAGAAAUAAUCCAAUUUAAUUUGUAUAGCGCUUUUAACAAUAGACGUUAAAAAUGCUAACGUUAAAACUUUUCAUGUACAUCGAUGAAGUAAGCUGGUGCUGUGCCAUUUCUGGGCUUAUUUUACCGUACAUUUACACACAGCUGACUUCUUGACUAAUUGUUCAGAAGGCAUCGAUUCAUUUGGAUUCAUUCUCACCAUCAGAUCUACCCGAUUUCUAUUAACGCACCUUUCUGUGUUAUUGUUGCUAUAGUAACAACUCAUUUACAUGGACUUGCAUUGAUCUGAAUAAAUAACAACCACCAUAAUUACAUGCUUGUAAGCUAAUGUAUUAAUUAGCACAGAAAAGAAAGUGAAUAUGAAUCAAAUGUGCUUAUUAGAGAUACACUUCAAUUUAACAUUUAUAAUUGAUGUCCUGAAUCUCGGGAGUUCAGCUUUCCGACAACUAAAAGCACCAAAGCUAUAAAAUUGAAUAGAAUUUAAUUAUACUACACAACGCGGUGUACGAUUCCUUUGGCCCUCGCAUAAGGUAAAAUUUGUACGAUUACUUUAAACAUUUAAUGUAUGAAUAUUUACGUGGAUUUUUUUUUUCAUCGUCAUUAUAUGAUAUUGUCGUUAUGUAUUAAAUUGAGCUACGAAGUCGUUCGUCGUUGGAACGUAUAUAUAUAUAAUGUCAGGAAGCUUUAUAACACAUCUUGGGUCACUCGAUUUAGACGUUUUGUAAAUUUAGCACAAAAGAAAUCACGAAAGCGGUCUUGAUGUUGGAAGAUGCUGGAAUAAGAUCUCAUAAACGCUUGCGUAGUGUUUCAGUAAAAAAAAAAUAAUAAUAAUAAUAAAAAGAAAGUGCAGAACUCAAUUACUUUAGUUGUUUUAAAAAGGGUGUGUUAAAGCAACACAUUCAGAUUUUAUUUUCUGCUUCGGAAUCCAUUGAGAAAUUAUAAUAGAUACAUAACUCUAGUAUUCCUCCAAGGGCUCUGAAACAUAUUGAAGGCUUUUCUCUGCACUCUUAUGACAUCAUAAAGUUCUGGACAUCUUUUAUUUUUUUUUUUUCAAAAAGUUCUUCCCAGAGACCAGAGUUUCCCCCCGAGGGAAAUUCAGUUAAUGUCACACAACCCGACCAUCACACAGCCACAGCCUCAAUAAUGGCUUGUUCAAUAACUGCGACAUUUAUCAUUUCUCUAAAGUCCAAAAAAAAAAAAAAAAAAAAUCCAUAUUUGUCCUUUAAUGAUAUCUUAACGUUUGUUCGGUGUUUUAUUUGCACGUCAUUUUCUCAUUUGUUUUUGGCCGUGUUGCCUCGUCGAUGCAUAAACACUCAUAAAAAAAAAAAGAAAAGAAAAGAAAAAAACGUGCAUGUCAAUUACACCAAGAACAUUUUCUCCUCAGACCUGAUAUUAAUUUUUUACUUAAAAUUACAAAAUAUUAGAGAUGUGUGUGUAUUUUUUCCCCCUCUCACUCUUCUAAACAUGAAAAAAAAAUCUU